GUUUCUCUUCUCGACCUCGAGUUUCUUUUUUUUUUGGUUUAUUUUUUGGUUUCUUGCACGAGCCGAUACAAUGAACUAAAGUACUAUCGCCGACUUCUGAACGACUACUAAAUCUUUUCAAUAUCCCGUUGACCGUCUUUUUAUAGCACCUGGGCUGGUUCUCCACCCGCAGCCGGUCGAAUGCGGCUGAUCUGCCAAGACGACCGCGCCCACUCCCGCCGCAAUCCCGCAAGGGGAACGGGCAACCACGCAGGGGCAAAGCAUUUGUUGGCCGAGACGACUUUGAACUCCGACAACCUAACUCAAACCGCAUCUCCCGUUGCCACAUUUUCGUUCAUUCCUCGAUGCCUUAUUAGGCCCGUCGAGCACGGUGGGCAUACAUGUCAAAAGGCUGGUCGUUCUUCAACGGCCCGAGAAGGCGCACCUCCAUUUCACUUCCGAGGAGCCACGAUCGUAUCAACGAAGCCCUUUCCCAUUCUUCCUACACUUCAAGCGCCGCCUCAGCAUACGCUUCGUCAGCGAGCACUCCUGCCAACUCCGCAAACCAUACGAGGCGCCGGUCCGCUCACUCUUCAGCAACCCUCAUGCCCGAAUACAAGAGCGGCGCUAUGAACCAGGGGCAGCGGGUCCGGUAUUUGAAGACAGGCGGUAUAAUAGUGUUUAUUGUACUAAUACUGUACUUUUUCGCUCCGAGAGAUGGGGGAGGUCUAUCUAGAUCCCCAUUACACGGCGACGGAAACACAGCAUUGGAAGGCGCAGAGACGAAAAGAUGCGUAAAGUCGUACUCGAAAAAUAAACCGCUCAUACAAUACGCCCUCAUGAUCGACGCUGGCAGCACUGGCUCGCGCAUCCACGUCUACAAGUUCAACAACUGCGGACCCACUCCGGAGCUUGAGGACGAGGUUUUCGCACAGACUGAGAAGAAGGAAGGAGGUUCGGGGCUUUCAUCAUACGGUGCGGAUGCUGAAGCCGCCGCCAAAAGCUUGGAUGUGCUCUUGGACGUGGCGGUCAGGAGCGUGCCGGCAGGCUACCAAAGGUGCACGCCCAUUGCUGUCAAGGCGACGGCUGGUCUCCGUAAACUCGACGAGCAACAAAAAGGAGCGAGCGAGGCAAUCCUAAACGCCGUCCGCGCCCGUCUCGAAACGAAAUAUCCCUUCCCUGUUGUUUCCAAAGACAAGGGUGGAGUGGAAGUCAUGGACGGCAAGGACGAAGGCGUGUACGCCUGGAUCACGACAAAUUACCUGCUAGGCAAGAUUGGCGGCCCCGAUAAGACGCCCACGGCAGCUGUUCUCGACCUUGGCGGCGGCUCUACACAAAUAGUCUUCGAGCCCACCUUCAAGGAUUCCCCUCACGGCGGCAUGCCCGAGAAGCUGGCCGCCGGCGACCACAAGUAUGAACUCAGCUUCGGCGGCCGCUUCUUCGAACUCUACCAGCACUCCUAUCUAGGCUACGGCCUCAUGGAAGCCCGCAACAACCUACACAGCGCCAUCCUCACCAGCAUCUACCAAGACCGGAAGAAUACCGCCGAAGCGAACAAUCAACCCGAAUCCAAAGACUGGCUCUCUAAACCCAUUCUUAACCCCUGCAUCGCUCCCGGCAUGUCCCGCAAAGUAGACGUCCAUCUCCCCGCCGGCCACCCCCUCGGCACAACCGUCUCCGUCAACAUGACCGGUCCCGCCGAAGGUACCCCAGCUCUGUGUCGUGGCUUCGCCGAAAAGACGCUGGAGAAGGACGCAGAGUGCAAACUCGCUCCGUGCGCCUUCCGCGGUAUCCACCAACCCUCGUUCGAGAAGACGUUUGCCCGCGAGGACGUGUACCUCCUCUCGUACUUCUACGAGCGCACGCAACCGCUGGGCAUGCCCGAGUCCUUCUCUCUCAAGGAGAUGAAAGAUCUCACUGAGCGCGUGUGUCGCGGGGAGCAGGGAUGGGAUGUCUUUGGCACCGUGGAGGGCGCCAUGGCUGAGCUUAUGGAUCGCCCAGAGUGGUGCUUGGAUCUGAACUUUAUGAUGGCGUUGCUGCAUACGGGGUAUGGGAUGCCGAUUGAUCGGGAGGUCAAGAUUGGGAAGAGAAUCAAGGGGAGUGAGCUGGGUUGGUGUUUGGGCGCUAGUCUCCCGCUGCUGAACCAGGAAUCGGGAUGGCAGUGCCGCAUCAAGGAGAUUCCGGGAUGAGCGGACUCUUCAUUUCACAUUCGUGUGUGUGUGGAUGCUUCGGCUUUCGAUUUGGCUGGUCGGUCAGCACUCUCGUCGGUCAGCCUUCUGCCGUUCUGCCUUUCUGUGGGUGACGUCGCUUCCCUUAUAGAUGAUUGUUUCGGACGCUUGUCCUGGGAUGGCCAGGCCGUAUUGGAUGCUGCAUUUCAUAGGCGUUGUAUAUAUAUCAUGGGGUUGUUUGGAUGCCGUUCAAUGGUUACCAAGGCGACGUGGUGGUAAUAUGUGGUGAGGUAGAGUUGGGGAUCGGGGUAAUGACGACGCAGGGGAUAGGAUAUAUGAUGCUGACGAUGAUGACUACUAAGACGAGGGGUGUUCGAUAAUGAUGAUGAUGAUGUUGUGGUGUUGAGCAUCGUGGAGAGAUGGUCAGCCAAUUUCGUGUUCUCCCUUUACUCUCCCCGCUCUGUCUCACUACCUUCGAAUUUGAA